AUGGAGCAGUUCCAGGACGGCCACCACGUGCGCCUGCGGAGCCGCGAGCGCGGCACGUACCUGCACGCCGACGACGACGGGCUUGGCGUCUCCCUCCGCCGGAACCGCGCGUCGAUGAACGCGGCCUGGGCGGUGCACGUCUACCAGGGAGAUGGCAACAACCAGUACGUGCUCCUCCACAGCGCCGCCUACGGCCGCUACCUCGGCGCCACGGACGUGCCGGCGCGGCGAGGCCACAGCGGGCGCCGCGUCGAGCAGUGCGACUACGAGCCCUGGGAGGAGAUGGCCAUCAGGUGGCAGGUCGUCAGGAUCGGCUCGGGGGACGAUAUCCUGCUCCGCCAGGCGGUCGCCGGCCGCCUCCGCGCCAACGGGAGGUACCUCAGCGUCGACGCCUUCAACAGCGUCGGCCCGAUGAUGCAUUGGGUCGUGGAGCAAAUCCCCGCUAGGGAGGACACGCCUCACCUUGCAGCUCCGACUGGGCUCCGCUUCCCCAGAAGCCUCGCCUUCCUGUUGCCGUGGCGGGUGAUCCAGUACGAGCAGGCCGGCGCCGGCGAGCCCAACGCCAACUUCGCCUGGAACUCAUUCCUAUUCAGGGGCAGGUCCGUGUUCCACCUGAGGAAGAAGCUGGCCCGCCGGCUGGAUGCCGCCAUGGACGCCUCCAACCUCGUCAUGUGCGUCCGAGCGGGUACGCAGGGGCGGCCUACCCCACUGCUCGUCGAUCUGCCACACAGCGACGAGACCCUCGACAUCAUCGUCGUCAUGGCCGGGACGCCAGCCCACGCAGACCUGCGGUACCCGAAUGUCAAUGCAGAGUAG